GAGAAAUCAAAGAUGUGUAUGUUUAAUUAUGUGUGCUAAAGUUUUCAAACUUUGUUAACUUUGUAGAUAUAUUGAAUCAUGAGUAGCAUUUCGAAGCCAAAACAGAAAGAGUCAUUUUUAUCAAGUGGAGGUGAUGUUGGCAAAAGCCCAAAGCGUAGCCGGUCGGUAUUACCGGUGGAAGAAGCUUAUCAAAGAGGUAACGCGGAAGGAGGGAAAGGUAGUGUAGAGAAUGAAGGCUAAAUCAACUUGUUUAUUGUUAAAACUACUAAGGCACAUAUAUAGUCUUUAGUAAUAACAGAAAGGAACGAAAUACUUGGCAUAACAAGACCGAAUCAAAAGACCUAUUCUGUCUCCUACAAACUAGGAAUUUAUUAAUUUACUUAAAGAAACUCUAAGACUAAUUUCAAACACUAAUUUCAAACAGCUAACAGUUCUUUCAAUCUCUCCCUUAAACUAAAUACCUUUAAACUAAUACUUAGCUUAUCUCUGUAAUAUCACAGGUAGUAUAAUGAAAGAUAGCCGGGCAGUAUUAUCGGGGGAGGAAGCUGAUCAAAGAGAUAACGCGGGAGGGGGAGAAGUUGCUCUAAAGAAAGGUCCAUGGACAAAGGAAGAGGAUGAAAUUUUGGUAGAUCAUAUUAAAAAGCAUGGAGAGGGAAACUGGAAUGCGGUCCAAAAGGAAUCCGGACUUGCUCGCUGUGGGAAAAGCUGUCGUCUCCGGUGGUUUAAUCACUUGAGGCCGGGACUGAAAAGGGGUCCAUUUACUGCUGAAGAAGAACGCAAAAUCCUCGAGUUCCACUUUCGGAAAGGAAGCAAGUGGGCUCAAAUGGCUGCCUUGUUGCCUGGACGUACAGAUAACGAGAUAAAGAACUUUUGGUAUGCAAGAUCUAAGAAACGGCAACGAGCUGGCUUACCAAUCUAUCCUGAAGAGAUAACAUCAAAACCUGCAAUAAAUGGCAGUCAAGAAAGUGCUGAGGCAUUGGCAAAUGAAUCCAGCCAGCAAGUUGAAACAGAAACCUUUAACUUGGAUAUAACUGACUUGGACCUUAAAUAUUACAAAUUCAGCCCAGAUAUGUUGCCACCAUUUUUUGAUAUUCAAGAUUACAAACCAAUAAGUGACUUGGUUGGACGGUACUCAGAUCCGUCUCAUAAUACCUUAUCCAUGCCUAGUGCAGUAGUGCAGCGCAGAUAUUUGUUCAGUGGCAGUAGUGCUGCUGACCCGGAAGUAUUUGAUCAGUAUAGCCAAUAUGCUAUGUUGUCUACUCCAUGUGAUCCGAUUCUUGACACCAACCUUGUUCAUGGAUAUGAUAAUCCUAUACCUGGUUUUCAUGCCAAGUCAAAUAUCUCUUAUCCUGAGCCCAUAUAUGGAUCCAUGAGGUUUGAGCCCCCUUCAUUCCAAAAUUUACCGCAACAGUGUAACUGGCCGCAACUUCCCUCAUUAGAGUAUGUUGACAUGUCGGUUCCGUGUCCUCCGAUUGACCCAAUUGACAAGUCGAUUCUGUUUCCUUCGAUUAACCCUGUUGACAAGUCGACUCUGUCUCCUUCGAUUAACCCUGUUGACAAGUCCAUUCCGUCUCCUUCGAUUGUUGACAAGUCGGUUCCGUCUCCUCCGAUUGACCCUUGUCCGUCCGUUCCAGAUUAUCCGGAUUGCAAUCAUUUUAUUGAUUCAAUAGUAAACUUCAAUUCAGAUCAAAAUUUGAAAGGCUCAAAUAUUGAUUCAUUGCAAACAAACACGGAUAACAAGGCUCCCAAUGAAGCAGACACUAGUACAAAAUGGAAUAGACAAGAUUAUGAUCAGCACACUGCUAUAGUUACUCUAGAUUAUGAUCAGCACACUGAUAUAGUUAGUCGCCAAAUAAACUUCUUAAAACGGGUCCGCUCAAAAAUUAAAAACCGUGGAUCAUUCAAUCGGCUUCCAGCUUAUUAUACUUCCAACAACGAAUAUAAUUUGAAUCGGAAAGAUUUGGUGCUACCAGAUGCUGUGAUGGAUUAUGGUUGGUAUUGA